CUCUUACUCUGAAUGACUUAGUCACUGCAUGCUGAGGCUUCCCGUUGCCUGUGGGGAUUUUGGGGAAUUUGUGAUGACAGCACCUCUCCCUCUGCGGAGGAGUUGCUUUGAAUAUCUGAGGAGAAGAGGAAAGAGAGACGAUAUCGAGAGCUGAGGACGUCCCAAUGCAUGUUUCCAGGUUUUAACAGGACAUUGGACACAUUUCGGGAUACUCAUCGUGACCAUGACGGGUGAUGGAGUUUCCAGGACAUUCUGAGCAUGAUUAACACAAAGCCCUGACUUUCACAAAGAAACCCGUUCAGUCCAAAUGGUGGAACAUGACAAACAUGGCAGUUUCUGGAAUAAUACAAAGACUUUUCUGGAUAUUCCAUAUGCCUAGCUCCAAACAGUAGACUGAAACAUGGACAAUCCACCCAUGAUGGCUUUAGAGGAGCGACGAUCUUCAGCGCUCAAAAUGACUUUCUCCGGAGAGCUUUCAAUGGCGGACUCAACCAAGGCUUGUAACCAGACCUCAAAAAACACUCCUAAUUCCCUCUCAAUCACAGAUGAUCCUUUGGAAGACCAAACCAAACUGGAACUGAAAAAUAAAAGUUCACUGGAAAGAGAGAUCAGUCAAACUGUAUCCUCACAAAUCAGCAAAGACGGCCCUUGUAUUCAAAUCUCAAAUCAUCUCACAAAGGAAAAGACUAAAACAUGCAUCAAAAGUGCUUCAGAUUCAAUUUCAAGUCCAAACCCCAAGUUGAACGGAAUUAAUCAUGAAUCUCACAUGAAAAGCCAUUUUUUGACUCCCUCGGGUAGUCCUCUGACCAACAACGCUGAUGUUGAUCCCUCAAACGUAUCAUUGACCUCCUACCCUUUCUCUAGUUCAAAAAUCAGAUCCAUUUCAAACCCCGCUUACUCUUUUACAUCCUCUCCAGUGGGAUCGUCCCACCUCAAGCACCCCUACUCUGCUCCUUUGCCAGUUUCCAAAGGGUCCGAUCUACCCCGAAUCAUCAAACACAAACCCAGCUCCAUUACCUUUGCAGAUUACAAUGACUUUUUGGGUUUGAUCCAGAACUCCAGAGCCACCGAGAGUUCAGAUGCGUUUGAGACCUCUUCUGAAGAUGAAGGCCAGGAUGUGGUUUUCCAUGAUGGCAAUGAGGUUUUGCCCAAAUGCAAAGAGCUUCAGGCCUGCUCCAGGAGAAACAGGGCUGGAUUGGAGAAGCUGAGAAGGAAAGGAACCUGUGGACAAGGAGUUGGAGAAGAAAGAUCUGGAAGCAAACCUCCACUCACCAGCAGGAGCAGUUAUGAGGCUGAGGAGGAGAGCAGCAGCACUGAGGAGUCUCCUCAGGUCGUGUCUCCAUGGUCUAAAUCCAUGAUCCAGCUCAUGAAGAGGUUAGAUCAACUCAAUCUGGACAUUGAGGAGGCUCUGAGCGCUGGCUCCUCCCCCUCUGACACACCCAGCUCCGCCCGUAGAUACACAGCCAAUGAUAGAACAGCACUGCAGAGCGGGGCUGUGGAAGGAAAUCAGUCCAUCAACUGGAUCAACAUGGCUAGAAGAAGCGACACGAGGGAACGCCAAAGCCAAGAGAGACACGCAGGAGCCACUUCCUCUAUGGGGAGAUCACAUGCUAGAAAGACAGAGAUGUCCAUCAAGAAGAGGCAUGGAGGUGCAGAAAUCGAGGCAAAGGAAGCUUGUGAUUGGCUGCGGGCAGCAGGAUUCCCCCAGUACGCCCAACUUUUUGAAGAUUCUCAAUUUCCCAUUGACAUCUCUCCUGUGAAGAAAGACCAUGACUUCUUGGACAAAGACCUUGUGGAACCUCUAUGCCGGCGACUGAAUACGUUGAACAAGUGUGCCUCUAUGAAACUUGAUGUAAAUCUUCCCAAGAAAAAAAGCGAAGACUCAGAUGAAGAUGACCUCUUUGCCAUCAGUGACAAAUGGACCUUUGAAUGGAGCAGUCGUCGCUGGUCCAGGCUUCAAGACAUUGAUUGUCUGCUGAGGGGUGUGGAAAACAGGAAACCUGCGGAAAACUCUGCCCUGCGGACAACAACCAGCAGCGAGAGUGUUCUGACAGACUUGAGCGAGCCGGAGAUCUCUUCUCUUCACAGCGAGAGCAGCGGUGGAAGUGGUGGUGUUCGUGCUCACAGCGCAGAAGACUCGGACAGUUCACACCGCACCUGCUCGGACUCUGCAGCCAUGCCCGACCACACGUCACUUGGCAUGGCCCAUCUCUCAUCUGAUCUUUCAAGCUAUGGUUCUCUGCCUGUAAAGCAUGGCAAGCGAGGAAGGACGCGAGCUAAAGAAUUCCUAAGGCGCAUGGAAGCUUUACAGUUACGGGGAGCAAUGAGUAGCGGAGGGAACAGGAGUCUUGUUAUAAGUGCCCCGGUUCUCCAACAAGAACCUCAGACUGUGAAAACUCUCCGCUGUGUGGAGAUCAUCAAUGGAGAUGUGCAUCUAGCGGAACCACCUUCAGGGAUGUUGCUAUCCCAGUCUAGUAGUGAAGGGAGCAGCAGUCAAUCGAGCGGGAGUGCUGUUAGUACACCAAAUCUGAAGGAACGCAAUGUCCACCGGGCUGAUCACAAACGAAGCGGGAUGUACUUGGAGGACUUGGAUGUGUUCUCCAGUCUCAUCCAAGGUAAGCGUGUGGCCGAGCAGAACCGCCGCAACGAGUUCCGGUCCUAUGAAGACCUGGUGGUGCAUAUUCCUAAAGAUCACAAGCCUGGAACAUUUCCCAAAGCUCUGUCUAUUGAGAGUCUUUCACCCUCGACGGCAACCUCCAUCAACUGGCACUCUGCAAGCAUGGACUCGGAUGUCCAGCGUCCACCUAGCAUCAAAGAACCUCGUCCUGUCACGCAGUGCUGCACCCGAGGCAGUCGGAUCAGCAUUUAUGACAAUGUACCCGGCUCGCACCUCUAUGCCAGCACUGGCGACCUUAUAGACUUGGAAAAGGAAGACCUUUUCCCACAUUUGGAUGAUAUUUUGCAACAUGUUAACGGACUGCAACAGAUUGUGGACCACUGGUCCAAAAAUGUAUUGCCUAAUAGUGAAAAUGCAGGAAAGGGGCAAGUUGAUCUUGAUGUCGAGGGGCAAGACGACUUGCAGUCAUCUAGCCAGAUCACAUUGGACUUUGAGGGACAUUCAGUGCUGGAGGGUCAGGCUACCCCCAGUGAUGUAGAGAGGGAUGGGGUGUCGCUUAAUGAAACAGAAUCUACAGGAAUGAGGGAAAGGAGAGACUCUGGGGUCGGUGCUUCACUUACCAGACCAAAACGCUUGCGAUGGCCCAGCUUCCAGAUUUCCAACCGCCUCAGCCAUUCAGUCGCCUCUCUCCAGAUCACCAGCCAAUCUGCAGCCCAGCUCAGCCUGCUACAAAAAUUUUCCUUGCUCCGUCUCACUGCCAUCAUGGAGAAGUACUCCAUGUCCAACAAACAUGGCUGGACCUGGUCUGUGCCAAAGUUUAUGAAGAGGAUGAAGGUUCCAGACUAUAAAGAUAAGAAUGUGUUUGGAGUCCCGCUGAUUGUGCAUGUACAACGCUUCGGUCAGCCUCUACCUCUCGGCAUGCAGCAGGCUUUGCGCUACCUCAGGAGCCAAUGCCUCGAUCAGGUGGGUCUUUUUCGCAAAUCAGGAGUGAAGUCUCGUAUCCAAGCACUCCGACAGAUGAACGAGAGUUCUCCAGAUGAUGUUAACUAUGAAGAUCAGUCUGCAUAUGAUGUUGCUGACAUGGUCAAACAGUUCUUCAGGGAUCUGCCUGAGCCACUUCUGACCAGCAAACUGGGUGAAACCUUCCUCCACAUUUACCAAUAUGUGCCCAAAGAGCAGCGCUUACAGGCUGUGCAGGCGGCCAUCAUGCUGAUGUCAGAUGAAAACAGGGAGGUAUUGCAAACACUGCUUUGCUUCCUGAGUGAUGUCACUUCCUCCGUUCAAGAGAAUCAGAUGACGCCCAUGAACCUGGCAGUGUGUCUGGCACCUUCACUUUUUCAUCUCAACAUCCUGAAGAAGGACAAUCUUACGCCAAGAGCUAUGCACAUGCAGAAAAAGUAUGCCACAGGGAGGCCAGACCAAAAGGACCUGAAUGAAAACCUGGCUGCCACGCAGGGCCUGGCACACAUGAUCACAGAGUGUAAUCGCUUGUUUGAGAUUCCUCACGAAAUGGUGACACAGUCGCGUAAUUCGUACGUGGAGGCCGAGCUUCAGGCUCCCACCAUUGAGGAGCUGUGCAAGCGGCAGCAUCCGGAAGAUGAUGGGGAAGAUGAAGGCUCCUGGCCUGCAUUCAUGGAGGCUAGACUACAGGGUCUCCUCAAAGACUCACGGGAGAAGGCCAAAGGCUGGGUGUCCUGCCAGAGCACCGGCAACACCGAGCUGUCCUAUAAGAAAGUGGGUGAUGGGAAUCCUCUGCGCCGCUGGCGGGUCUCAGUAGAGGUGGAGGCUCCUCCGUCUGUGGUUUUGAACCGUGUUCUUCGGGAACGUCACAUGUGGGACGUUGAUCUGAUGAACUGGAAAGUGAGUGAGGUUCUGGACCGGCAGACUGAAGUGUUUCAGUAUGUCCUCAACUGUAUGCCUCCUCAUCCCAGCAGAGACUUUGUGGUGCUCAGGUCGUGGAGGACGGAUCUUCCACGAGGGACGUGUUCUCUGGUGUCUGUGUCCAUCGAGCAUGAAGACUGUCCACCUGUCGGAGGAAUCAGAGCCAUAGUGAUGGAGUCCAAUUACUUACUGGAGCCCUGCGGAUCUGGCAAAUCCAGACUCACACACAUCUGCAGAGUCGACCUCAAGGGAAGAACUCCAGAAUGGUACAACAAAGCAUUUGGACACCUUUGCGCAGCCGAAGCUGCUCGUAUCCGCAAUUCCUUCCAGCCAAUCCAUACAGAGGGUCCAGAAACUAAAAUCUGAGCCGAUUUCUCAUCCUGGAAAGUGAAAUCUCAGUUGAGUGACUAUAAAAACUGAAAAAAUUCAUGUCCUUUUGCACAAUGGGCAGCAUAAACUCACCAGGAAAAUCAUCAACUCACCAAUAUACCUUCAGCUUGUACAUUUUUAAAUAUACUCUUAUUGUAACUAUCAUUAUUUGUAUUAUAAUUAAUUAUUUUAUUCUUUUAUAUGAUCUUAUACAAUGUAUAGGACACCUAAGCUCUUAAGUGCUUCUGGGAAGCUUAUAUUUUAUUUAAUUAAAGCAAAAAAGAAAGCUAUAUUUGCACAUGCAUGCACUGCAUCUCCAUGUAUGUGUUUGUAUUCGUGUGUAAAUCUUGUAUAGACUAUAUAUAUAUAUCUAUUUAAAUACUCAUGUAGUACAAACAUUUUGCGUUCAUGUGUUUGAUAUGUCCGUCUGCACAGAUAUCAGCGUAAUUCAUAUGGUACAAAAUGUAACUCAGUUGUAAACUGGGUCUACUUUGCUCUCUUUUAAUAAUCUUUGUCCACGAAUGGGUGUAAUAUUAUGGAUUUUUACGUGCUUGUUUUAAAGGAUGGACAAAUUGACUUGGGUUUGAUUUUCUCAGACCUGCUUUUGUAGUACCUGAUUACAAUAAUGACAAAAAGACAAUGAUUCUUAAUUAAACUAUGUAAAAUGACGUCAUAUUAA